AAAGAAAGAGAACCGGAGAGGGAAGAGGGGGAGAGAGGAGAGACAGGGCAGUAUGGUGAAUCCGUCUAUUGUCUUGGGAAAGGGCUGUCUGUGAGAAUGAGUGCAGAAUACUGAUGUGUGUAUGUGUGUGUCCACUUGGGUAGCAUAGAUCAAAUAGUGUUAAUUCGACCCCUUUGGUUGAUGUGUGUUGUUCGGUCUGUUGAUACCUCAGCAGAAAGCUCUGUGAAUCCUUGGUACUGGCAGUCCACAACACUGGCUAGCUCUACAGGGAGGGACCGUGUGUGAAACUCAGAGGUACUGCCCAUUAGUAUUCUGUUAGAGUAGAUGUCUAAAGACACAAAGGAGAGAUGAAGAGAAAUGGAAGAGAGAGGAAGAAAGAGGCAAAUACAGUGCAUUCGGAAAAUAUUCAGACCCCUUUACUUUUUCCACAUUUUGUGACGUUACAGCCUUAUUCUAAAAUGGAUUAAAUUAUUAUUUUUCCUCAUCAAUCUACACACAGUACCCCAUACUGACAAAGCUAAAAAAAGGUUUUUAGAAAUGUUUGCACAUUUAUAAAAAUAAACACCUUAUUUACAUAAGUAUUCAGACCCUUUCCUAUGAGACUCAAAAUUGAGCUCAGGUGCAUCCUGUUUCCAUGGAUCAUCCUUGAGAUGUUUCUACAACUUGAUUGGAGUCCACCUGUGGUAAAUUGAAUUGAUUGGACAUAAUUUGGAAAGGCAUGUCUAUAUAAGGUCCCACAGUUGACAGUGCAUGUCAGAGCAAAUACCAAUCCAUGAGGUUGAAGGAAUUGUCCGUAGAGCUCCGAGACAGGAUUGUGUCAAGGCACAGAUCUGGAGAAGGGUACCAAAACAUUUCUGCAGCAUUGAAGGUCCCCAAGAACACAGUGGCCUCCAUCAUUCUUAAAUGGAAGAAGUUUGGAUCCACCUAGACUCUUCCUAGAGCUGGCCACCCGGCCAAACUGAACAAUCAGGGGAGAAGAGCCUUGGUCAGGGAGGUGACCAAGAACCCGAUGGUCACUCUGACAGAGCUCCAGAGUUCCUCUGUGGAGAUGGGAGAAUCCAUCUCUGCAGCACUCCACCAAUCAGGCCUUUAUGUUAGUGGCCAGACGGAUGCCACCCCUCAUUAAAAGGCACAUGACAGCCUGCUUGGAGUUUGCCAAAAGGCACCUAAAGACUCUCAGACCAUGAGAAACAAGAUUCUCUGGUCUGAUGAAACCCAGAUUGAACUCUUUGGCCCGAAUGCCAAGCAUCACGUCUGGAGGAAACCUGGCACCAUCUCUACAGUGAAGCAUGGUGGUGGCAGCAUUAUGCUCUGGGGAUGUUUUUCAGGGAAAAAUGAACGGAGCAAAGUACAGAGAGAUCCUUGAUGAAAACCUGCUCCAGAGCGCUCAGGACCUCAGACUGGGGUGAAGGUUCACCGUCCAACAGGACAACGAACCUAAGCACACAGCCAAGACAACACAGGCUUCAUGACAAAUCUCUGAAUGUCCUUGAGUGGCCCAACCAGAGCCCGGACUUGAACCCGAUGGAACAUCUCUGGAGAGACCUGAAAAUAGUUGUACAGCGACGCUCCCCAUCAAACCUGACAGAGCUUGAGAGGAUCUGCAGAGAAGAAUGGGAGAAACCUCCCAAAUACAGGUGUGCCAAGCUUGUAGCAUCAUACCCAAGAAGACUAGAGGCUGUAAUCGCUGCCAAAUGUGCUUCAACAAAGUACUGAGUAAAGGGUCUGAAUACUUAUGUAAAUGUGAUAUUUUAGUUAUUUAUUUUAAAUAUAUUUUCUUAAAUUAAUAAAAACCAGUUUUUGCUUUGUCAUUAUGGGGUAUUGUGUGUAGAUUGAGUUUUUUCUUUUUUUUUAAUCAAUUUUAGAAUAAGGCUGUAAUGUAACAAAAUGUGGAAAAAGUCAAGGGGUCUGAAUGCACUGUACAUAUUGAGAGGGAAAAAGACAAGUGAUAGAAAGAGACGGUAAAACAGGCAAAGUGCAAGAAACAAUUUCAAAAUGCUAAUAUUUCUCCCAUUCUUCUCUGUCAGGCUGGCCGUGAGAGAUCGAAAGAGAGAGGUUGGGAGAAUGUAAAAUAUUCUGUGAUUUUUAGUAAUCAAAAAAGCUACUUUCCCUGCCAUCCUCUCUGUCAGACCAUGCUAUGAGACUAUAAAGACUGAGAGGGGCUCUGUCAUAGGAGCAGACGCUCUCUUUCUCUCUCUGCCGCCGUCUGGUGGCACCCUCCGCAGGGUUUGGUCUCUUAGUCAGUCUGUGUGGUCUAGUCCCAUGUGGCUUAGUUGGUAGAGCAUGGCACUAGCAACGCCAGGGUUGUGGGUUCGAUUCCCACAGGGGACUUAUUCUAAAAAGUAUGAAAAUAUACAGUACCAGUCAAAAGUUUGGACACACCUACUCAUUCCAGGGUUUUUCUUUAUUUUUACUAUUUUCUACAUUGUAGAAUAAUAGUGAAGACAUCAAAACUAUGAAAUAACACAAAUAGAAUCAUGUAGUAACCAAAAAAGUGUUAGACAAAUCCAAAUAUAAUUUAUAUUUGAGAUUCUUCAAAUAGCCACCCUUUGCCUUGAUGACAGAUUUGCACACUCUUGGCAUUCUCUCAACCAGCUUCAUGAGGUAGUCACCUGGAAUGCAUUUCAAUUAACAGGUGUGCCUUCUUAAAAGUUAAUUUGUGGAAUUUCUUUCCUUCUUAAUGCGUUUGAGCCAAUCAGUUGUGUUGUGACAAGGUAGGAGGGGGGGUAUACAGAAGAUAGCCCUAUUUGGUAAAAGACCAAGUCCAUAUUAUGGCAAGAACAGCUCAAAUAAGCAAAGAGAAACGACAGUCCAUCAUUACUUUAAGACAUCAAUAAGGAACAUUUCAAGAACUUUUAAAGUUUCUGCGACAGGAAUGGAUGAGGACUGCGACAGGAAUGGAAGACCCAGAGUUAAGUCUGCUGCAGAGGAUAAGUUCAUUAGAGUUACCAGCCUCAGAAAUUGCAGCCCAAAUAAAUGCUUCACGUAACAGUUCAAGUAACAGACACAUCUCAACAUCAACUGUUCAGAGGGGACUGUGUGAAUCAGGCCUUCAUGGUCGAAUUGCUGCAAAGAAACCACUACUAAAGGACACCAAUAAGAAGAAGAGACCUGCUUUGGCCAAGAAACACGAACAAUGGACAGUAGACAGGUGGAAAUGUGUCCUUUGGUCUGGAGUCCAAAUGUGAGAUUUUUUGUUCCAACCGCCAUGUCUUUGUGAGACGCGGUGUGGGUGAACGGAUGAUCUCCGCAUGUGUAUUUCCCACCGUAAAGCAUGGAGGAGGAGGUGUUCUGGUGUGGGGGUGGUUUGCUGGUGACACUGUCUGUGAUUUAUUUAGAAUUCAAGGCACACUUAACCAGCAUGGCUACCACAGUAUUCUACAGUGAUACGCCAUCCCAUCUGGUUUGGGCUUAGUGGGACUAUCAUUUGUUUUUCAACAUGACAUUGACACCUCCAGGCUGUUUAAGGGCUAUUUUACCAAGAAGGAGAGUGAUGGAGUGCUGCAUCAGAUGACCUGGCCUCCACAAUCCCCUGACCUCAACCCAAUUGAGAUGGUUUGGGAUGAGUCAGACGGCAGAGUGAAGGAAAAGCAGCCAACAAGUGCUCAGCAUAUGUGGGAACUCCUUCAAGACUGUUGGAAAAGCAUUCCAGGUGAAGCUGGUUGAGAGAAUGCCAAGCGUGUGCAAAGCUGUCAUCAAGGCAAAGGGUGGCUAUUUGAAGAUUCUCAAAUAUAAAAUAUAUUUAGAUUUUUUUAACACUUUUUUUUGUUUACUACAUGAUUCCAUAUGUGUUAUUUCAUAGUUUUGAUGUCUUCACUAUUAUUCUACAAUGUAAAAAAUUGUAAAAAAAAUAAAGAAUAACCCUUGAAUGAGUAGGUGUGUCCAAACUUUUGACUGGUAGUGUAUGUGUAAAGGAUUUCACGCUGCUUGCUUAGCGAGUAACACGUCCUUGCGUUUUGGCCCAUACCUGGUGCGAACUCUGGACCUCUGCCUCACAAACACACGUGACCGUCCUCUCUCAAGAGUCUUAGCCGAUCACGCCACCUCAAAAGCUAUCUAACGAGGCUACGCAAGUGGGAUACUUAAGGUUGAGGAGUGGGUUUCACACAUCCCCAUGUGCUACAUAUGCAUUGGAUCAGAGCGUCUAGUCAAAUGUAUUGACCUCUCUCUUUUGCAGAGUUACAUCUCCCUUUGCAUGAGGGGGGCCAAGGGCUGGUGGACAUUGGGUCCAGUGUGACAUCUUUCUGUCUACAAGCUGCACAGAGACUUCUGUACCUGGAUAGAUGCUGCUUGGGCUGUUCUGAGGAGGGCAGGGGACCUUGGGUACGACAGGAACAGGUCAUUAUGUCAGCCAUUACUCCGUAAUACCGCGCUGUGUCUUUCGGCGUGGAAAGAGACGAUCUGUUCACAGAGACGUUUACGGCCAGGAGCAUGGAAAAUGGAGGAGCCACUUUCACAACCCACUUAUCCAGAUCAGAGUGCUGACCUCUGCCAGCUUGUGAGAGCGGAGUUCACUAAGUUGGGUGACCUGCAAGAAGAGGCUAGGUGAAAACCUGCCAGCGAUAUGGCUUCCUCUAUAAAGUCUACCAGGCUGCUGCACUACCAUGCUUGUUCAGAGAGAUGCUGGGGAUUAAGCAGAGACUGGACCGUCGGGGGAACACCAGGUGGGUGAGGGAAUGAUCCUAUAGUUCAAGACUCCGGAGCUGGGGGCCUUUUGCACGGCCAGCAAAAUGGCUCUGUACGCGGUGGCUGUCAACGUGGCUCAGGAAGAGCAUCUGCAUGGGCUUAGGGCAAUGGGGUGGCUGGGGGGUUUGGGACCAGGAUCUUCUCUGAGAGGAUGUUGGCGCUCCCUGUAUAAGCCUUCAAUAGCGUACUGUUGAUCUACAGUGGAGGAUAAUUCACGGGGCUAUUGCUACGAACAGAUACGUGUCGUACCUUGAUCCAUCAGUGGGGAGGGGGUGUCUGUUCUGUGGGGAGGAGGAGACCGUGCAGCAUCCUGUUUUUUUCUUCUUCUUUUUUUUUCUGUCCUGGGUGGGUGGUGUACAGGGCUAGGGUUGGGGCUGACUAUGGACCUAUACGUUGGAGGGCCUAGGUAUAGCGUAGCCAACAGGCGAAGGGACUGCCUAGUAAACUACCUGUUGGGGCAGAUAGAAAUGGCCGUGUGGAAGACCAGGAAACAUGGGGGAGGGUGUGCUGCUGGUGCGGGCUCGGCUCACACUGGAGCAUGUAUAUGGGGGACUGGUGAACCAGCUGGGGGACUUAGUAGGGGUGUGGUGCAUCGGGGGGGUUCUAUGUACAGUGGAUGAGGAGGGGGCUUAGUUUGAACUUUCUAGGUCUGUUAAAAUGAAGUAAAGUUUGUGCUUUUCUCCCGAGUGGGGUAGCAGUCUAAGGCACUACAGACCCGAGUUCGAUCCCGGGUUGUGUUGCAGCCGGCCGCGACUGGGAGACCCAUGAGGCAGCACACAAUUGGUUAGGGGAGGGUUUGGCCGGCUGGGAUGUCCUUGUCCCAUCGCGCUCUAGCGACUCCUGUGGCGGGCCGGGCGCAUGCACGCUGACACGGUCGCCAGUUGUACGGCGUUUCCUCCGACACAUUGGUGCGGCUGGCUUCCGGGUUAAGCGAGCAGUGUGUCAAGAAGCAGUGCGGCUUGGCAGGGUCGUGUUUCAGAGGACGCAUGGCUCUCGACCUUCACCUCUCCCAAGUCUGUACGGGAGUUGCAGCGAUGGGACAAGACUGUAACUACCAAUUGGGGAGAAAAAGGGGUACAAAAUAAAUGCAUGUGUGCUUUUAAUGAUGUAACUAUUGGGCCAAUAAAGGUCUUUAUUUGUGUUUUAUCUUGCUCUCUAUGUUGAGUGGGAGACGGAGAUGGGACUAAGGCACUAUGUCAGCAGGAUGACUCUCUGAAAGUAGGACAAAACAUUGUAACAGAUUUGUUAGUGAUGCCUGGACUAUGAGUGAGUAUAACUGAAACUGUAGCAAAUGUUAUAACGACACACACACACACACACACACCUCAGACGCCACAGUCUGUUAUUGUCUGUGGUGUUGUUUACUUUCUGCCAUAUUGGAGAUUCUAGGAAACGUCUAUGGUUGAUCAUCAAUAUAUCGAGAGGCUAAUAUCACUUACAUGGUAUGUGAUGUAAUCUGAUGUCAUCCCCUGCGCUUUCUCUCUCUUCUCUGUCUUGCUCUCUCUCUUUCUCUUUCUCUCUGAGACGAGGACAAACAUAAAACAGAGAGAGAGUGUGAGAGAGGACAGAGAAGAGAGAAAGCACAGGGGAUGACAUCAGAUUAUGUCUCAGACAGUCUGCCUCUCUGUGGAAACCAAUAACAGCCUGCGGGUUUGAACUCCCAUGUUUUCAACCGGGCCCACCUUGUAGAGCGGUGAAUUGAAUAACCAGCAGCUGCAGUUUGAUCAUUCGAUCACUACUGGUACCACCAACCACCCAAAUCCACCCCACUACAAGCUAUCUUUGGAUGAAGACCAUAGACUGUGUUUGACUGCUUGACCAGGCAUCCCUGAGUGUGUAUGUGUCUGUUGGAAAGAGCGCUAAACCCUCCAUGUGCUCUUAAUACCUCUCUAGACUAGAGCCCUGAACCCUCCAUGUGCUCUUAAUACCUCUCUAGACUAGAGCCCUAAAGCCUCCAUGUGCUCUUAAUACCUCUCUAGACUAGAGCCCUAAACCCUCCAUGUGCUCUUAAUACCUCUCUAGAUUAGAGCCCUAAAGCCUCUCUGUGCUUCACUCUCAUUAGAGCAUCCUAGCAGUACAUCUGCUGACUCACCUUCUUCCUGUAAAUGAUAUCAUUUAUUUAUCUUUAGAAGGAGCAGAGAAAGUGUCCUCUCCUCUGAGGGAUAAGAUACUGAGACAGCUCCUCUCCUCUCCUCUCCUCUCCUCUCCUCUCCUCUCCUCUCCUCUCCUCUCCUCUCCUCUCCUCUCCUCUCCUCUCCUCUCCUCUCCUCUCCUCUCCUCUCCUCUCCUCUCCUCUCACCACUUCCUGACAUCAAAAAGCAGGAAUUGCUGUCAUUGACUCAGGGUGUAACAAACGGAAAUGUGCAAACCAGGUGACCAGUUUGUAAGCAUUUGUACCGUUAGUGUCGAUGUCCGUGGCACUGAAAUACUAACAGUCAUACUGAAGCUUUAGCCCACUGAUGCAGUUCAACAUGAUCUCUAUCCCAUGGAAUGUCUGUUCGAAACACUGCUCAUAUAGGCUACCACAAAAUGUAGUCAAUGUUUCAUGUUGGUCAAAAGUGCAGUACACACGGAAUACGUAGGGUGUCAUUUGAGACACAGCCACACUAGGAUGAUGUCUGUUCUUGCCAGACAGAGUGUGCCUCAAGAGAGGCUACAUAUUGGGAUUUGCAGCAGAUAAAAAGGCUUGGUGGCACCAUGGCCUGUUCUGCUCUGCUCUGUAACGCCUCAUCUGUCUCUAGUCAAGCAGGGAGAAUGUUCUACUCUACCGUCAGAGGAAAUUGGAUGACCAGUGUUAGGGCAUGCAUCCCAAAUGGCAUCCUAUUUCCUAUAUGGAGCCCAUAGGGCUCUGGUCAAAAGUAGUGCACUAUAUAGGGAAUAGGAUGCCAUUUGGGAUGCUUCCUCAGCUUCUCUUCUCCACUUAAAGUGAGUGGCUGCGAUAAGAGUUGAUGCCAUUGUAAUGACAUUGGAGGGGGACAUUGUUUCAUUUAGGAUGACAUUUACUCAACCCGUAGAGGUGUAUAACGUAUGAUUUAAUGUGGCUUUUACCUUGAUGUAUGUGGUCAUAGUAUAAGUUAUUCCUCAAGCAUGUAUAUAGGUUUGUAUGACCCACCUCUUUGACCAUAGAUUGGUAGACCAGUUGCUUGCCAUGGGUAACAUAGGCACUGUAUUUCUCUUUACUGUCUACUGUACAUGUCUUUUGGAAAUCCAUAUUUUUAUUUUAUUUUACAUUUUACAUUUUAGUCAUUUAGCAGACUCUCUUAUCCAGAGCGACUUACAGUUAGUGAGUGCAUACAUUAUAUUUACUGGCCCCCCGUGGGAAUCGAACCCACAACCCUGGCGUUGCAAACGCCAUGCUCUACCAACUGAGCUACAUCCCUGCCGGCCAUUCCCUCCCCUACCCUGGACGACGCUGGGCCAAUUGUGUGCCGCCCCAUGGGUCUCCCGGUCACGGCCAGCUACGACAGAGCCUGGAUUCGGGAGACUUUAUAAGCUGAAAUUACAUGUGCUCUCGUUAUCAAAGGACACCUUUCAUAAAAACGCUAGCGACAUCUGACACAGUGUAUGAUUGUGCGUGCAUGCGUGCGUGUGUGUGUUUUGGCAGAUGAAGGGCAGUGUUUCAUCAUCAAACUACAGAUGACCUUUAAACCUUCAAAUGCUGGAGAAAAGGUCUCGCUCCUUUUCAGUAGCAAACAGCUUCAAAACAGAAUAUAUAGCAGUCAUAAACUAUACAACAUCCAAACAUUCCUCAGUAUAUCCAAUAGUUAUCAUGUUUAAUUAUGCUGAAUCUGUAAGUGUACACAAAUACAUCUCUGUGCAAAAUCAUUCCUCUCUCCAUUACAGUGUGGACUGAAUCGCACCACUGGAGCUGAACUAAUAGGGAGUCCCUGCAUGGCUGUUUCGGUAGACUGUACUUAUUCAGUGGCCCUGUAGGGAAUAUUACGUUUGUCUUUCCUCUUGUCCUACUUUACGUUAAGUGCACUUAAACCUAUGUAUUUACAUGGUUAUUAUAUUUAGGUUACGUUUAGGUUUCGCACCACAUCAUUUAAAGUGCUUCCAAUCCGAAAAGUGAGUAAAAUGUGCUUUGUCAUUAAUCUGUGUUCUGUUGCUAGAAGCUCAGAGGAGAGCAGGAUUCUUUGCCUCUCUCCAUCUUUCCAUUUUUCUAUUUUCCCAGCAGUCUUUGUUUUAUCCCUCCUUCCCUUGAGUUCACCGUCGCUCUGCACCUUAAAUAGAUUUUCCUACUCUAUGAUGUUCUCCCUCUCAGCCUCUUGCUGAGCUGUGUAUUGAUUGGUGGAGUUGUGUGUGUGUGUGUGUGUGUGUGUGUGUGUGUGCGUGUUAGGGCUGCACAAUUAAUCCCCCCCAAAAAUGCAAUUAGAUGUUUUUGCCCAUAUCAUGCAUCCCUGCUGUGUUUGUGUGUGCGUGUGUAUGUAUGCGAGGUGUGCUCCGUCCCUUAUUCCAGUCACACUCCAAGGAUCAGGGCCUACAAUCCUUCAAUGAUUAGGCCAUGGAAUUCACAUUACCACCAGUCAUAGGUUGGCUGUGUAAAGUAUGUCUCAACUGGUUUCAGUCUGGCCCUGUGGGGUUUUGUCAUGCUGUCUGUAAUGCACACCAGACCAGACUAGGUAGCAAUUAAAGCUCCUAUGAUGUGAUGCUAUGCUACUGAAAUGUCAUAACGUCUCUCUCUCACCCACUCCCUCCUCUGCCCCUUCCCAGGCAUUUGGCCAGACCUUCUCCACCCAGCGUAAGGUGGCUGCGGACGGGGAGACCAACGAGGAGACCCUCCUGCAGGAGUCAGCCACUAAAGAGGCCUACUACAUGGGUCGCCUGCUGGGGAUCCAGUCAGAGCUCAAACAGAGCCGGGCCGUCACAGUCAACACACAGGCCGACAACGAACACCUCAGUACCCUGCUGCAGGAGCUCAGAGAGGUGAGGAACCAGGGGUUAGAGGUCAGGGGGAGGGGUUUAGAGGAGACUCAGAGCAGUUAUUGGCGGUAGUGGGCCCAUUAUUUGAUCUUAAACACAGUUUAGUGUGUGUGGCUUACAUAUCCCUAUCAAUGCCAAUCAAUAAUAAUAUUUAGGAUGUCCUAGGCUAUAAAGUCCUUUUCACGUCAACAUUUGUCACAAAAUGCUUUACAGUAAAUCCUUGUUGUGUUUGAUAGUAAACAGUCCAGUGUUGUUUUGUGAUAAUAACCUCAGGUCUUGUGUAUUUGAUAGGACUCCGUGUUGUGUGAUAACUAACCCCUGGUGUUUGUGUCUGUCCUGUAGAGUAAUGAGAUGUUGGAGCUGCAGCGGAGCCGGAUGAGAGAGGAGAUCAGGGAGUAUAAGUUCAGAGAGGCCCGACUCCUACAGGACUAUACUGAGCUGGAGGAGGAGAACAUCACCCUGCAGAAACUAGUGUCCACACUCAAACAGAACCAGGUGAGAGAACACACACACAGUACAUACACACGCAUGCGGUUGCACAAACACACACACGAUUGUACAGUGGGGGAAAAAAGUAUUUAGUCAUCCACCAAUUGUGCAAGUUCUCCCACUUAAAACGAUGAGAGAGGCCUGUAAUUUUCAUCAUAGGUACACGUCAACUAUGACAGACAAAAUGAGAAAAAAAAAUCCAGAAAAUCACAUUGUAGGAUUUUUUAAUGAAUUUAUUUGCAAAUUAUGGUGGAAAAUAAGUAUUUGGUCAAUAACAAAAGUUUCUCAAUACUUUGUUAUAUACCCUUUGUUGGCAAUGACACAGGUCAAACGUUUUCUGUAAGUCUUCACAAGGUUUUCACACACUGUUGCUGGUAUUUUGGCCCAUUCCUCCAUGCAGAUCUCCUCUAGAGCAGUGAUGUUUUGGGGCUGUCGCUGGGCAACACAGACUUUCAACUCCCUCCAAAGAUUUUCUAUGGGGUUGAGAUCUGGAGACUGGCUAGGCCACUCCAGGACCUUGAAAUGCUUCUUACGAAGCCACUCCUUCGUUGCCCGGGAGGUGUGUUUGGGAUCAUUGUCAUGCUGAAAGACCCAGCCACGUUUCAUCUUCAAUGCCCUUGCUGAUGGAAGGAGGUUUUCACUCAAAAUCUCACGAUACAUGGCCCCAUUCAUUCUUUCCUUUACACGGAUCAGUCGUCCUGGUCCCUUUGCAGAAAAACAGCCCCAAAGCAUGAUGUUUCCACCCCCAUGCUUCACAGUAGGUAUGGUGUUCUUUGGAUGCAACUCAGCAUUCUUUGUCCUCCAAACACGACGAGUUGAGUUUUUACCAAAAAGUUCUAUUUUGGUUUCAUCUGACCAUAUGACAUUCUCCCAAUCCUCUUCUUGAUCAUCCAAAUGCACUCUAGCAAACUUCAGACGGGCCUGGACAUGUACUGGCUUAAGCAGGGGGACACGUCUGGCACUGCAGGAUUUGAGUCCCUGGCGGCGUAGUGUGUUACUGAUGGUAGGCUUUGUUACUUUGGUCCCAGCUCUCUGCAGGUCAUUCACUAGGUCCCCCCGUGUGGUUCUGGGAUUUUUGCUCACCGUUCUUGUGAUCAUUUUGACCCCACGGGGUGAGAUCUUGCGUGGAGCCCCAGAUCGAGGGAGAUUAUCAGUGGUCUUGUAUGUCUUCCAUUUCCUAAUAAUUGCUCCCACAGUUGAUUUCUUCAAACCAAGCUGCUUACCUAUUGCAGAUUCAGUCUUCCCAGCCUGGUGCAGGUCUACAAUUUUGUUUCUGGUGUCCUUUGACAGCUCUUUGGUCUUGGCCAUAGUGGAGUUUGGAGUGUGACUGUUUGAGGUUGUGGACAGGUGUCUUUUAUACUGAUAACAAGUUCAAACAGGUAUCAUUAAUACAGUUAACGAGUGGAGGACAGAGUAGCCUCUUAAAGAAGAAGUUACAGGUCUGUGAGAGCCAGAAAUCUUGCUUGUUUGUAGGUGACCAAAUACUUAUUUUCCACCAUAAUUUGCAAAUAAAUUCAUUAAAAAUCCUACAAUGUGAUUUUCUGGAUUUUUGUUUUAGAUUCCGUCUCUCACAGUUGAAGUGUACCUAUGAUGAAAAUUAGAGGCCUCUCUCAUCUUUUUAAGUGGGAGAACUUGCACAAUUGGUGGCUGACUAAAUACUUUUUUCCCCCAUACACACACACACAUGCACACACAGACACACUCAAACUUACACAUACAUGUGGUUACACACACACACAAAUGUACGCAUACACAUGCACACACACAAACACACACACACUCAAACGUACACAUACACGCAUGCAUACACAGACACACUCAAACUUACACACACAUGCGGUUGCACACAUACACACGCACGCACACACACACACACACACACACAGUGUACCCAUCCCUAACACCACAUUAUGCCUCUCCCUCUACCUUUUACUCCCCUCCUCCCUCCUUCCCUCCCAUAGGUGGAGUACGAGGGGUUAAAGCAUGAGAUCAAGGUUCUGGAGGAGGAGACCGAGCUGCUGAACAGUCAGUUAGAAGACGCCUUACGUCUCAAAGACAUCUCCGAGGCCCAGCUAGAGGAGGCCCUGGACUCCCUGAAGAGCGAGCGGGAGCAGAAGAAGCAUCUCCGCAAGGAGCUGGUCCACCACCUCAGCCUGUGUGACGUCCAAUACACCGGCAGCGCCCACCUCACUUUCACCUCAGCGCCACCUAGUGGCACGGCUACGCCUGUCGCCGCCCUGUCGCCCAGCUCAGAGGAGCCGAGCAGAUGUAACGGGCAUCUACAUGGAGGGUCAGGAACUGGGACGGGGACGGUGGUCGCUGCCCAGGGCCAAUGGAGAGUGUGCGGGGAGAGGGGAUGGUGUCGGAUCUGUUCAGUGAGAUGAACCUGACAGAGAUACAGAAGCUCAGGCAGCAGCUGCUACAGGUGGGUGGAGAAGUACAGUUCACUCAGUUUGAAUAAGUAGAGUGGUUCGGUGGCUCUAGAGUUUGGUGCUCGAUUUCUCAGUGUUAUACACAUGAACAAUGACAUACAGGAGUAUAUCAGAACACUGUGGCAAACAUGAACAUACUCAUUAUAACUCAUGUAUGUAAACAUAAACAAUAUUGCAAAGUGCACACAUGUACAAACAUCUGUACAUAUGGACACACAGUUUAUAUCCCCUCACAGCCCCAUAUUGCAUGGUGGCAAAGAGCUGAGCAUGCACAUAAAAGGUGGAACAAUCUCCUUGCACAAACACACACCGAUGUACAGUGGGGAAAAAAGUAUUAGCACACCAUGUGCAAGUUCCCACUAAAACGAUGAGAGGCCUGUAUUUUCAUCAUAGGUACACGUCAACUAUGACAGACAAAAUGAGAAAAAAAUCCAGAAAAUCACAUUGUAGGAUUUUUAUGAAUUUAUUUGCAAAUUAUGGUGGAAAAUAAGUAUUUGGUCAAUAACAAAAGUUUCUCAAUACUUUGUUAUAUACCCUUGUUGGCAAUGACACAGGUCAAACGUUUUCUGUAAGUCUUCACAAGGUUUUCACACACUGUUGCUGGUAUUUUGGCCCAUUCCUCCAUGCAGAUCUCCUCUAGAGCAGUGAUGUUUUGGGGCUGUCGCUGGGCAACACAGACUUUCAACUCCCUCCAAAGAUUUUCUAUGGGGUUGAGAUCUGGAGACUGGCUAGGCCACUCCAGGACCUUGAAAUGCUUCUUACGAAGCCACUCCUUCGUUGCCCGGGAGGUGUGUUUGGGAUCAUUGUCAUGCUGAAAGACCCAGCCACGUUUCAUCUUCAAUGCCCUUGCUGAUGGAAGGAGGUUUUCACUCAAAAUCUCACGAUACAUGGCCCCCAUUCAUUCUUUCCUUUACACGGAUCAGUCGUCCUGGUCCCUUUGCAGAAAAACAGCCCCAAAGCAUGAUGUUUCCACCCCCAUGCUUCACAGUAGGUAUGGUGUUCUUUGGAUGCAACUCAGCAUUCUUUGUCCUCCAAACACGACAAGUUGAGUUUUUACCAAAAAGUUCUAUUUUGGUUUCAUCUGACCAUAUGACAUUCUCCCAAUCCUCUUCUUGAUCAUCCAAAUGCACUCUAGCAAACUUCAGACGGGCCUGGACAUGUACUGGCUUAAGCAGGGGGACACGUCUGGCACUGCAGGAUUUGAGUCCCUGGCGGCGUAGUGUGUUACUGAUGGUAGGCUUUGUUACUUUGGUCCCAGCUCUCUGCAGGUCAUUCACUAGGUCCCCCCGUGUGGUUCUGGGAUUUUUGCUCACCGUUCUUGUGAUCAUUUUGACCCCACGGGGUGAGAUCUUGCGUGGAGCCCCAGAUCGAGGGAGAUUAUCAGUGGUCUUGUAUGUCUUCCAUUUCCUAAUAAUUGCUCCCACAGUUGAUUUCUUCAAACCAAGCUGCUUACCUAUUGCAGAUUCAGUCUUCCCAGCCUGGUGCAGGUCUACAAUUUUGUUUCUGGUGUCCUUUGACAGCUCUUUGGUCUUGGCCAUAGUGGAGUUUGGAGUGUGACUGUUUGAGGUUGUGGACAGGUGUCUUUUAUACUGAUAACAAGUUCAAACAGGUAUCAUUAAUACAGUUAACGAGUGGAGGACAGAGUAGCCUCUCAAAGAAGAAGUUACAGGUCUGUGAGAGCCAGAAAUCUUGCUUGUUUGUAGGUGACCAAAUACUUAUUUUCCACCAUAAUUUGCAAAUAAAUUCAUUAAAAAUCCUACAAUGUGAUUUUCAGGAUUUUUGUUUUAGAUUCCGUCUCUCACAGUUGAAGUGUACCUAUGAUGAAAAUUACAGGCCUCUCUCAUCUUUUUAAGUGGGAGAACUUGCACAAUUGGUGGCUGACUAAAUACUUUUUUCCCCCCAUACACACACACACAUGCACACACAGACACACUCAAACUUACACAUACAUGUGGUUACACACACACACAAAUGUACGCAUACACAUGCACACACACAAACACACACACACUCAAACGUACACAUACACGCAUGCAUACACAGACACACUCAAACUUACACACACAUGCGGUUGCACACAUACACACGCACGCACACACACACACACACACACACACAGUGUACCCAUCCCUAACACCACAUUAUGCCUCUCCCUCUACCUUUUACUCCCCUCCUCCCUCCUUCCCUCCCCUAGGUGGAGUACGAGGGGUUAAAGCAUGAGAUCAAGGUUCUGGAGGAGGAGACCGAGCUGCUGAACAGUCAGUUAGAAGACGCCUUACGUCUCAAAGACAUCUCCGAGGCCCAGCUAGAGGAGGCCCUGGACUCCCUGAAGAGCGAGCGGGAGCAGAAGAAGCAUCUCCGCAAGGAGCUGGUCCACCACCUCAGCCUGUGUGACGUCCAAUACACCGGCAGUGCCCACCUCACUUUCACCUCAGCGCCACCUAGUGGCACGGCUACGCCUGUCGCCGCCCUGUCGCCCAGCUCAGAGGAGCCGGGCAGGUGUAACGGGCAUCUACAUGGAGGGUCGGGGACGGGGUCGCUGCCCAGGGCCAAUGGAGAGUGUCGGGGAGCGGGGAGGAAAGGAGAGGGGAUGGUGUCGGAUCUGUUCAGUGAGAUGAACCUGACAGAGAUACAGAAGCUCAGGCAGCAGCUGCUACAGGUGGGUGGAGAAGUACAGUUCACUCAGUUUGAAUAAGUAGAGUGGUUUCGGUGGCUCUAGAGUUUGGUGCUCGGAUUUCUCAGUGUUAUACACAUGUAACAAUGACAUACAGGAGUAUAUCAGAACACUGUGGCAAACAUGACAUACUCAUUCUAACUCAUGUAUGUAAACAUAAACAAUAUUGCAAAGUGCACACAUGUACAAAUCAAUACUGUACAUAUGGACACACAUGUUUAUAUCCCCUCAGCAGCCCCAUAUUGCAGAUGUGGGAAUAAGUGUUGAAUUAUUCAGAGUGAGAGAGACUGCUGACAUAACCUCACUGCAUGCAGCUCUCUCUCUCUCUUCCUGUUCUCUCUCUCUCUCUCUCUCGGCCUGCCCCUCCCUUUCUCUGCCUCUUUCAAGACUAUAAAUAAUCAAGUUUAUACCAGCAGUCAAAUAAAGUGUUGUAGCACCAGUGAGAAGCUGUGGGAACAGCUGUUACUAGACCACUGGCUGUUACAUGGACUCUAAUCAAAAUGUCCGACAUUUUGUUUCCCAGUGGGUGUCUCCUCUUCUGUAGUUUCCUCCAGCCCAGUGGGCCAGUGAGAUGAAGAUGCAGCAGGAUGAAGUGUGUGUGGGGUUGAUGUGUGUCCAACCAUUUACUGCAAUCCCUGUAGGUGAAACUGCAUCUCCCCACACAUUCCCUCAGCCUCUCUCAGAUUGGCUGGACUGGAUGAAGGGCUUAUUUAUAUCCUCACUGACACACUAGACUAUUGAUUUGCCCUCAGUAGUGUGCAAGGUUUACUGUUCCCUCUGUAUUGUGCAGGGUUUAGGCCCUGCUGAAAGAACUGCAUAGACCAGAAUGGUCUAGUUGGGUAUUCUGGUUUACUAGCAUAGUCUAGCUGGAUUUGCUGGUGACCAGCCUUAGCUGUGUUUUGGUCACUGGUGACCAGCCUUCGCUGGUGAUAUUGGUAUGCUGGUGACCAUGCUGGUCUAUGCUGGUCCAGCAUGGUCAAGCUGGUCUGACCACGCCCAUCAUUAUCAUAUUUCCCAGCAUGCUCUAUUGCAGUUGAUUUUUUUAGAAUUGUUUCAAUAUCUUUUUUGGUUGUUGUGUUUUUGCACAAUUGAUUGAUUAAUUAAUCUUAUGCUACACAAAGAUAAAUAACAUACAUUUUUCUAAACUAAUCCAAUCUGUUAAUUGGAUUUAUUGCACCCGUUACUGAAAUGGUUGUUCCAGUUUAGAUCAUUUGGGUAGCCUCAUUUAUUCUUCUUUCUGAUCCUGGCAGUCAUUCUGAAUGCAUGUUGUGGAUGGAGAAAAAAAAGUUAGUUGUUGGAUACCCCCACUCUGGCUGGAUAAACAUCACUUUGCAGGCUAGCAUAAUGUGACUUGAUGCUGGUUUUGCUGGUGACCACCUUAUGCUGGUCACCGUGUCCAAAACACAGCGAAGGUUGGUCACCAGCAAAAACACAGCGAAAGCUGGUCACCAGCAAAAACACAGCGAAGGCUGGUUACCAGCAAAACACAGCGAAGGCUGGUCACCAGCAAAACACAGCAAAGGCUGGUCACCACUAAAACACAGCGAAGGCGCCACAAAAGCACAAUAAAGGCACCACAAAAUCAGAGUGAAGGCUGGUCACCAGCAAAACCAACACCUAUGCUAGAUCAGCCUAUGCUGGUCUAUGCUGUUUUUUUCAGCAGGGGAGUUGAAGUGGUCUGUGCGGAGUGUGCAGGAAAAUUAUGCAGCUAUUUAAGUUCAUGGAGCUGGAGAUGAUAAGGAAAGCUACUAGUUUAACAAUAGGCUGACAAUAGCUGUGUGUGUGUCCAUAGGUGGAGCGAGAGAAAACUGCGCUGUUGAUCAGCCUGCAAGAGUGUCAGACGCAGCUGCAGCAUACACAGGGUGCCCUGAACGAGCAGCACGAGAGGGCCCUCCGCCUCAGCGAGAGAGUCACCGCCCUCAGGCGCCUGCACAGGGAGGCUCAGCUUACCCAGGAGGCCCAGCACGACCAGGAGACCCACCUCAACCGAGAGGCCCUGAUGGAGCAGGGAGAAGAGGAAGAGGAGGAGAAAGAGAAAGGAUUAAUACACAGCAGGGGCCAGGCAUUCUGCCACCAGACCCCGGGUCUGGAGAUCCUGCAGUGUAAAUACAGGGUGGCUGUAACCGAGGUGGUCGAGCUAAAGGCUGAGCUGAAGUGUCUGAGAGAGAGGUACAACCAGUGUGUGGAGGGCGGGGUGGAGGAGAGGACGCGGGGAGAGGCCCAGCACAGAUCUCUGGAGCAGCAGGUGGGGAGGCUGGAGAGGAGCUGCCGGGAGGGUAGGGAGAGGGUGGGGGGCCUGGAGACAGAGCUGAGAACAGCCAAGAACAUGGCCAGCGAGAGCCAGGGGGCGCUCAACGCAGCGCAGGACGAACUGGUCACCUUCAGCGAGGAGCUGGCUCAACUUUACCACCACGUCUGCCUCUGUAACAACGAGACGCCCAACCGGGUGAUGCUAGACUACUACAGACACGGCAGAGGACUGAGGGGUAUCAGUGCCUCGCUCAAGGGUGACGACACCCGCGUUCUACUCACGCCCCGCCUCGCCCGGCGGCUCGCAGCUGUUGCCGCGGCAACCUCGUCGUCCACGGCGGAGUCUCGUAGCCCCUCGGAAUCCCCAUCCAAAGAGCGGUUGUCAGGAGAGGGGGGCCGGGACAGGGACAGUCCUGUACCCCGCACCCCUCCUACGGGCUCCCCCAGCAUCAGUGCCUCUUCCUCAUCUUCAUCAUCAUCGUCACCUGCGGUAGAGCCAGCUGGAGACCUGCGUAGGGAACCUAUGAACAUCUAUAACCUCAACGCCAUCAUCAGAGAGCAGGUGACUCCGUUUGAAUCAUUUGAAUAAACAUGUCAAACUGUGUAUUUGUCAUACUUAAACAGAAUAUAAUUUCAUAUAUCAUUACAUCUUUGUUUUCAUUGGCAGUUCAAACCUGAAACAGUUUGUUCGCCAUGUGAUAUCUUUAACCUUCCAAAUGCUCAUCAUGAAGCUAACAGACACAGAUUUGAGAAUAUAUGACAACAUUAGCUAAUGUUCGCUAACAAUCUCCCUUGAUGAACAUGCUGUAGGUGAGGCACCUCCAGAGGGCAGUGGACCGGUCACUCCAGCUGUCCAGACAGAGGGCUGCAGCCAGGGAACUGGCCCCACUGUUUGACAAGGACAAAGAGGCCUGUAUGGAGGAGAUACUGAAGCUCAAGUCCCUGCUCAGCACCAAGAGAGAACAGAUAGCUACCCUCAGACUGGUGCUCAAAGCUAACAAACAGGUCAGACAUGGAUAUGGCAUCCGAGAUAUGGAUUACUAUGAACAUGGAUUAAGCAUCAUGCUGGUCAUUCGCUGUCUAACACUGCCUUGCUAGAAUCUACUUUGAGACUCAUCGCAAGCAAUCUCCAAAAGCUGUAGAUGGUUCUCACACAAACUGGUUUUUUUUAAGGCUACCAGGCUACAGUGGCCAUCAGGAUAUCUAGAGGCUGCUGUCACAGUCACGCUAAUGUCCUCACUUUGAGUUUUCGAUUGUUUUCUAACUCCCUUGAGGAAAAAUGUAUUCUGACCUCAAUGGGACUUUCUGUUUAAAUAAAGGUUAAAUAAAUGUCCCUGUUCCCUUGUUCUUACAGACUGCAGAGAAUGCCCUGGCCAACCUGAAGAGUAAGUAUGAGAAUGAGAAGCACAUGGUGACAGACACCAUGAUGAAGCUGAGGAACGAGCUGAAGGCCCUGAAGGAGGACGCUGCCACCUUCUCAUCGCUCAGAGCCAUGUUCGCCACCAGGUGACUAUUUCUCUCCUCUCUCUCUCCCUUCAUCUCUUUCUUUUAUUGACUUCUUAUUGUUCACUACCAGGUGAGAGACCAGGGGAGACCAGGGACAGCUUGUUAAAGGGAUAGACUAGUUCUACAUCCUACCCUUACUAUUUCUACCCCGCUCUCUCCAUUAUUCUCUCUCUCUCUCUCCCUCUCUCUCUCUCUCUCUCUUCUCUACUUCUUAUCCUGUUAUUUCUUCUGAACCUAUCUCCACCUACACUGUGUAACCAAAACUUUUGUUUUUUGUAAGCACCCAACCCCUCUCCUUGAAACUUCUCAGGUGUGACGAGUAUGUGACUCAGCUGGAUGAGAUGCAGAGGCAGCUGGCUGCGGCGGAGGACGAGAAGAAGACUCUCAACUCCCUCCUGCGUAUGGCCAUCCAGCAGAAGCUAGCCCUGACCCAGCGCCUGGAGGACCUAGCCUUCGACCAGGAGCAGUCGCACCGCACCCGCGGCGGCAAGGUGGCCCGCAUGAAGAGCAGCACUCCCAAAGUAAGUCCCGGUCCUCCGUCAAGCCCCACCACCGGCGCUGGCGCCCCCUUAAGUCCAAUCUCUGCUACUACAGACGGCCUAGCCCUGGGCUCCCCUACGUCACAUCAUAGACACCCCCUCAGCCCCUCCUCCACGGCCCCCUCAGGCCCCACAGUACCAGGCAGCCCCCCCUCCCUGGAGGAGCCCUCCUCCUCCUGGACCCCCCCAUCCACCCCCCACAUGCUGGCUCACUCCCAGUGGGCCCUGGGUGUCCGGACAUUCGAGGUCGACUCCCACAGUUUCAGUCUAGACACCCAUAGUUUUAGUUUAGCACGUAGCACUACUGGGCUCUCCAGGCAUUACUCCUCAGACUCACGGCCGUCUCCUAGCAGGGGUGCUCAGCCUGGCUCGGCCCCCUCCUCCCCCUACCGUUCUCCCAUACUGGGGUCUCGCCGGUUGACGUGGAGCUCCCCUCGAACUCGCCCCCUUACCAACCUGACACGUACCUCAGCCCUUUAUAUCCCCUCUUCUUACACCCCUCCUAGUUCCUAUAUCCCUUCUAGUUCUUACACCCCUCCUAGUUCCUAUAUCCCUUCUAGUUCUUACACCCCUUCCUCCCCUUAUACCCCCUCCAGUUCCUAUACCCCUUCAUCUGCUCAUUACUCCCCUUCAUCAUAUACCCCACCCUCUUCAUACACCCCCCACACUUCAUAUAGCCACAUCAGCAGCUACAGUCCACUCUACCCUAGGUACUAUGGUUCCCAUCGGCCCCCUCACUGACACUAAACUACAGUUCCCAUAAACCUCCUCACUGACAACACUACAAAUCUCAUGAGUCCCCUCUCUAAACAGAACUACAGAUUCCAUCGGCCCCUUCAGACGCUAAACUACAAUUCCCAUCAACCUCCUCACUGACACUACUACAAAUCCCAUCAGCCUCUUCAAUGACACUAAACUACAUUUCCCAUCAGCCCCUGGGGGAGUGGGUGGGGCUCACAGAGAGGAGGACAGACUGGUUUCCUGUUUCUUGUGCCUAAGCCUCUGGCCUCGAUGCAGCAUGUGGAUGUGGCUCUGUAUUGGCGUGAAUGUUCAGACUGACUUUCCUCAGGGAUUUAACACAACAUGGAGCACAAGUGGCCCUGCCUUCCUCUUAUUCACAGACUGUUGAUCGGUCGAAACUACAGGAGAGACAGGACACUUUACAGACCAUACAUACACAGUAGUUUUGGUCUUGCCCUUUAAAUCAAAUCACCAUCCACACAAGCGAAUGAAUAUGUGUGCAGGACCUUACCGCUGUAUGGAAAGACAGAUGAGAAGGACAUUUAGGUUAACUGGACAUUUGAAGGAAUUUUUUCACGUUGGACUGAGGUCUCGACAGAUCAACCACUUACUUGACAGUGUUAUUCUCUCUCUCUGUUUUUAAUGAAAAUCACACAUACUGUAACCAAAUGUCAUUCAAAGCAAGUAUUGGAUAAGACCGAUAAAUGAUUAUGGAUUGUUUGCUAUUUUUAAUUGUUCAGUUAUUACUCACAGCUCUGUACACACUGUCCUCACAAUGUUAAUGCGGUCAUCCUCACAUCUGCUGUGUAAGCACUGGCACAUCUUUAGUCUAGCACCACCCAAUGGCAGUUUGUAAUAUCACCAUUUAUUUAGGACUUAAGAGACUGAAGACUUACGUCGAGGUUGAAGAUCAUAUUAAACCUGUAACAUAAAUUACCUGGAAUCAGCACACCAUGAUGGUUUUAAUGUUAGCAUUAUGAGACAGAGCGAGCUAGGUGAUUCUGGGUUUCAUAUCAGUAGGCGAGACAGACAGUGAGCUGUAGCUACACAGCACCCCUAGUGCCUCGGAGGGUAACUCCAGAGGAACACAGCAGCAUAGAUGGAUGAAUGUAAUAGAUAGAAACUCACUUACCACCAAACUCAGGGAAGCUGACACACACACCAACUGGGGUUCAACAAGAAUGUAUUGUUAACCAGAAUUAUCAUUACACUGUUAUAGAAAUAUAGACAAACAUUUGAAUGACAUUUAGGCUAUGGGUUAGUUAGCAUAGAGCUACUGUAUGAUGCAUAGAUGGGAUUUCACAGUUUCUGCACACAUGAUAGUGUGUCACCUGUGUAUGUGUGUGCCUUGACAACUACAGCACCUGCUCAGUACAACGACAAUGACUGAUAAGACAUGAUUUCUAUCAACUCACGUAUUUUCUUUAAGAACUAUUUUUUUCAUGCCAACGACAACAGUUUGACAUUGUUUUUUGUUUUUUGGCCCUAUCCCAUAGGUUAGAAUGGACAAUAACAAAGCCUUGCCAAAUGAUCAGCAUUAGUGUCUGUAGACAGUGCUCUUGAUGAGGGAUACACUGCUACUGGGUGUUAGCCAGUGAGUAGGCUUUGCCAACUUUGGCCCAAUCCAUGCACAGUUCGGUUUAGACAGGAAAAACUAAGGGGAUGUGGCUGAUGUGCAAACCGAUAUUAAAUUUUUGAAUUGGUUAAAAUGAGGUUAAGGUUAUGAGUUUGGUUAAGGUUACAGUUAUGAUAAGGGUCAGUUAUAGAUUUUGGCUAGUUGGGCUGUCAAUGGGAUACUGGUCAGAAAAGUAUCCUUAGUCUCUCCCAGUUUUGACCCCCCUCUCUAGUAUUGGCCCAGUCCAGUUUCCCCCCCCCCCCCCCCCCCCCCCACCAGUUCCAAGUUUGGAGCCCAGUGUACCACAAAAACACUGUGUGUUUAUACUCUAACAAUCCCAGUCUCCAUUGGUUCAAGUGAGCAAAAAACGCAUUUGACAGGACUCCUCUCAGCUACUUUGUUGACACCGUUAGGUGACAUUUACAUAUUUUUCAUAACAGAAAUACUCACUGUUCUUGCACUCAUUGUUGGGCUGAUUGAGCUGGUUGAAUGUUUUUUCCAAUAGUCAUCUAAUGGUGAAUGUACAGAAACACAAUCAAGACUGUAGAUUUGGCGUGGGAACCACCUCAGUGACAAGUUUUAUACAAGGAGUUUGUAUUACGCUACUUUAUUUAUUACACUUUAUCACGUUAGCGAUUACUGUACAUGUGUAUGACUCUGUCCCAUUCUCUAUCUUAUACACCAGCACCAUCUACCUGCCUUGGCACAACACUGUAUGCCUGUUACUUUGAUAAGAACACCUUUGUAGUUGUAGGUUAUAAUAUGGAACAUUUCCAUCAGAUGGUAAAUGAGCUGGAUAUAGAUAUUUUCUGCAAUGAGGGAAUGAAAAGGGAAGGAUUGUCAAAUAUCAAAUAGAUGCUAGGGGUCGCUGUCUUAGCUUCUCAAGAAAGGAAACCAGUGUGACCUCCUCUCUGUGAAACCCUCCUCACUCCACCCAACUCUCACUCAAAUAUAUACACACACACACACACACACACACACACACCAAACUCAUUAGUUUUAGGUCCCGCUACAUCACAAUUCCAUCCGUACAUGCAAGAGGAUCUCAGUCCUGUCAAAUGCGUUGUUCGUCCUUCCCCUUUCAGAUGUAUUCGUUUCCCACCACAUCUAUUUGCCAGUGAUUUCUCCCUCUGUGAAUACAGUGAAUGCAAUUUUCCUCUUCUGCUCUCUGUUUCAGGAGUCUUUCAUAAUGUGAAAAAUUGUCAAUCUAAACACCCUUGCCUGUGCUAAAGCCAUUUCCAUUUCCAGGCAGACUGUUAAUAGUUACCACUGAUUGUCAGCCUGUUAGCUUUUGAGCACUUUAUAUGCAUGUGUAUAUAACACUGAGGAUUGGAAAGCUGUUUCCUGUGUACAGUGCUAUGUUCAUACUCUUCGUAUAUACUCUAAAUAUCAUGUAUAAAUUACCUGAAUUUUGUGUGUCGUCGUCCUUUCUGUUUUGAGUGUUCUUGAACAUCUCUCUCGUGUUCUCCUCUCAUGGGUUGGGGAAGAAUGCCUUGUCAUCUUAGUUUCAUGAAGUAGCUGUCAUGUGUUCCACUCAGAUAUGCAUAGGCCUACUUUACACAACCUGCUCAGUUAUUGCACAAGCAUACAGGGAUUCAUCAUUGGAAGCUGUAAGCAUACAUUCCAUUGAACAGUACAAUAUAUCAAAUACAUUAGUUGUUAGGCAUUUGAGAAUAUUUAAGAAUAGAAACAUUCUUGCAGAAAAUGUGUAACUGAAUGUGCUUCUUGAAAACGCUGAUAUUGGGGGGAUUUUCUUGGUAAGUACUCUGUAUCUUUCCCUUGCUGUAUAUGAUCAUAUGUGAUGUCCCCUACUCUCCAUCCAUGUCACCUCUCUCUACAGUACUGUCUCUCCAUCUAAUCUGUCAGUCUCUCAUAGAUCGUCAGAAGUCUGCUGCCACAGUGCCACCCGUCUCCUCACAGCUAAGGUGGGAGAAGGCCUCCCAAGCUAGCAGGUAAACAACUUAGACCAGGCUAAAACUAGCCUGAGUACCAGUCUGUUUGUGCUAUCAUGCCAACUCCUCACUCAUUAUCAUGCCACAAAGCAAAAGCAAUGAGUUGGCAAGAGUGCAAACAGAUCUGGGACCAGGCUAAAACUCUCCUUUUGACUGAAACGUUGCACGUGUUUACAGUAUAUGUUAAUUUUUUCUAUUUAAUUUUGCUUGUACAGUAUAGCCAGGGUACAGCAUCAGGAAAUCAAUCCUGUGUGUUUUGGGUGUGUGUGAGUUUUUAUGCCUUUCUUGACCUACCAUGAACACUAUAAAUGAGUCCAUUUUAAAUCAUAAUUGAUAUAUCCUUUUGUCUGAGUGAUCGAGGUAGAUAUCUGAGAUCUUUGUCAGGUACAGUGUGUCUCCUGUUAUCUCCUCUUCCUCUUGUCUUCUGGUUGUCUCUGGUCGUGCUCCUCCCAGACGUAGCAUUGUGUCAGCUAUCCAGGAGCACCGAGCUCACUGGCCCCUGAGCAGCAACAGCAGCAGCCCCCACGAGUGCCUCUCCUCUGGCUCGCCCAGCCGCCUUGUCCCCCUGGUCCUCUAUAACCCUGGAACUACUACACCCUGACCUCUAACCCCAUCACAGGACUCUGCAGAGCAAAGCCGGAGCAGUGCGUCUCACUGUGGAAGAGAAAGACGACACUCACAAAGACUUAUAAAAGACUGUCUGACUGAAAAGAGCGACAUGCCGCCAUCUUUACUACCGAGCUAGCUAUUAGUCAUUAUUCAUCAUGUAUUUGUCUAUGGUGUUUUGGGGGUUGUUGAAACAUACUUUUAUGUUACGACCAGUGAUUAUCAUUUUGUUGGGUUCAAGAGUUGGACAACUGUUGGGUUUUGCUGAAUGUAUAGCUAGCUGUACAAUCAUUAAUGGCACCAUACAGUAUGUAGCGAAUGCCAAGGUGGCAGAGGACAAAGCCAUAACUGUGUAUUUGAAAUGCAUGUAAAAGGUAUUAGCUUUCACAAACACAGAUUGUUUAAGUCAUUUUCUGCUCUUUUUGGAUUCGGUUCAUCGCUUGUCCCACCCCUCACCAAGAUUGUAGCUUGUUUUUUUAUAUUCUAUGCUUUAAAACCACUUUGCUCACACAGCUACGGUAUAUGUAAAUGUUUCUAUUGCACUUUGUUUUACAGGAUAAGAGAUUUCCAAACAUUGUAAAGGCUGACAGUGUUUUGUACCAUCAUCCUCCUUCCUUGGUUCUACAGUAUCUAUGUUGAAACAUCAUCUUUGUACCAAAUGACAUCAUAUUCCCUAAAGUAGUGCACUACAUAGGGAAUAGGGUGCCAUUUGGAACGUACUUUUCGUCAAGCUAUUUCUCUGAAGGACUGAAUCAACCUCCUGAAUAACAAGCACAAACUGACCAAUGCAUUCCAAUACUAGUUGUGAUCGACUGUUAACUUCACUGGGUUAAAUCCUGAUGUUGAAAGUAGAUCUCGAUCCAAGAUUGCCUCUUGUUUUCUACAUACUGUAUAUGGAAGUAACCACGCUGGAUCGGCGUGUAGACAGAUUUAGCUAUAGAAUAGUAGUACUAGUAGCGCUGUAUGGUAGUAAUAGUAGAGGUAGUUGGCAGUUUAUACUGUACUGUAUUAAACCAUGAUGCUAUGUAUCCUAACCUAGAAAUACCAAUUUGGAUCUUUUCUCAAACCACCACUCAGCAACUUUUAACCAUCUAUAUAAAACGUCCACUCACAGUCACAACUCAUAGGCAUGGCAAUGGGAUGUAUUCACACACUUCAACCUGGCUUUAGACUGAACAUUCUGUUUCUACAGGAUCUCUGACCAUUACUGUGGUUGCUAACUACAGUAAGGUUUAAAAAAUGUUGGGUUUUGUCAUCCUUUUGUGUUAUUCUGGUGAAUGCUGUCUGUCUGCUCCAUUCCCUCCAUCUAUUACAACUGGAAGCCAUGUAACAAACUGCCAAAGAUCCCACUAGGCUUCUCAGACAUCACAUGAAGCAGAUGAAGGAGAGGGAAGGGGUUUUGUGUAACCAGCCGGAGACUGUAUUAACCCACAGAGCUAAAGCCCUAGGCAUUCGUUUGGGAGAGCAAACUGUCUUUGGAGCCCAAUGGCAAGAGGAAGGGAUAUCUUGUCAGUUGCACAAUUGAAUGCAUUCAACUGAAAUUUGUCUUCCACAUCUGUUUAGUGGAUGGCACAGUUAAGUCACAAUGUCUCCUCAAUAAUGAGGAUAUCAGGAGUAUUCUGUAUGUUGUAACACUGUGGGUCACUAUCUAUUUUCCCCACCAUAUGAAUUUCUCAUUUAUCUGAAGGUAUCUUUAAACUCAUCAGAUGGUUCAAAGACCAUUGAAGGUGUACAUAGGCCAACUGUACAUACAGUAAGCUACGGAGAAAAUUAUGAAUGUCGCUAGCUACUUUUUCCGGACCUGGAGAGUGUAUAGGAGACAGAGAAAAAAGCUGAAGCACUGAACGUGUGUCCCAUAAUACAGUUUAACGGACUGCUUUGCACAAUUUCAACACUACUCGACAACUCAAUAAAAACCAUUAGACAUUCAGACAGCAAUAUAUAAAUGUGUGGUAUCAUUCAAAUCAUUUGUAUUGCAUAUUAAACCAUGUAAAGCCUACAUUUCAAAAGACAAUAAAUUCCCCCUAAUCGUAUAGGGGCCUGCUAAACACUUUUGUAUCUUUUUGUAAAACUUUACCAUCAAAACCUUUAGAAAAAUGGUCUACAGUAUUGGAGUUUCCUCCACCAAUAGGCUCGGGCAGAGGGUUUAUAAAACGGGGGCGGUAUUUGUACCAUUGUUAAGAUCUAUCGGAUUCGACUUCACUGAUGUAGAUUCAUGGAAUGUGGGAAUAGGUAUUGGAAUUUUUGGAAUUUGUUACGCAUAUUUACGUUUUUGUUGGAGGAUCCGAUCUCUAUUCACGCUCAAGGGAACAAUCAGUGGUAUAAAGGGUAUUAUUAUAAAUAAUAUUACCAUGUUUGACGGUGACCUGAUGAAGAUGGAGAGUGAGAAGACCACUCCUGGUGAGACGGAGGAGUUUAGGCGGACGGCGGUGAGGAGAAAGUCGAAGGGAGUACCGCCGGAGACGGAAGGUCAGCCUUAUCAAACUGCAGUUGAUUUUGGAAACUUUUGGAAAUGUUGAGUGAGUGCGUCAGCGCAAAUAGAACUCAUUGGACAGAUUUCAAAUGUAUCCUACUAUAGCCUAUGUUGUGUGUGUUUUUUGCAAUGCAUGUUAUGAUACAUUUAACUAAUUUUUAGCAGAAUAGUGGAGAUGGAUCCUCUGUGGCUCCUGAUCCGAAGUCAUAUUUUGAGGAAACAGGGAUGGCAAGGUAAAGAAGAUGCCAACAGCCAAGUCAUCUUUAGAUAGAAAGUCUGACCAGAGGCAAACACUUUUGUGUUUGCAUGGACGAGGUUUGCAUGUCAUUGAGGAGCCCAAUCUAAUGCUGUAGGAACUAAACUCAGCAAAAAAAGAAACGUCCUCUUACUGUCAACUGCGUUUAUUUUCAGCAAACUUAACAUGUGUAAAUAUUUGUAUGAACAUAACAAGAUUCAACAACUGAGACAUAACCUGAACAAGUUCCAAAGACAUGUGACUAACAUAAAUUGAAUAAUGUGUCCCUGAACAAUGGGGGGAUCCAAAUCAAAAGUAACAGUCAGUAUCUGGUGUGGCCACCAGCUGCAUUAAGUACUGCAGUGCAUCUCCUCCUCAUGGACUGCACCAGAUUUGCCAGUUCUUGCUUUGAGAUGUUACCCCACUCUUCCACCAAGGCACCAAACACAAGUUAAAUACACACUGGGCAGAGGGGUACAAUGGUUAAAGGGGCAAUCUGCAGUUCAAACAACAGAGGUCACCCCGCUAAUGUUCCUGCUGAGGAAUGGGGGUGGAGAAGUGCAACCAUUCUCACAUUCAUAGACCGAGCUAUGGAUGCAAAGACUGACCAUCCGCUAGACCAAAAUGUAAAAAAUUUGAGGUGAUAGUGUUUGUUUACAAUUACAUUGUUCACAAACAACGGAGAAAAACAAGCCUACAUUUUGGGUUCCGUCGGGUUAAGACUGUUGAACCAAGCUCAUGAGGCAUCUACAAGUUACAUUCUUCAAGAAUCAAUUGGGACAGAUCACCAAUAUCAAAGUCCAAAAAUGGAUGUAGCAAACACAGAUUUCCCCUCCAACCAAUAAGUCAAAGGGGUGUCGAUUACAGAUUGAUUUAAUAAGUAUGCCAUCAGAGGAUGGACUGUUUAAAGUAUAUUAACUUCCUCAUACCCUUACUGUAUGUCACUGUGGCAGGUGUCCAAUCUCCCUCUUACUAGAUCUCUCGCUCUCCCUCAGUAUUGAGCAGCAGUGUAUGUGGCUCUGUGUAUAGUACUGUAUCUGUGGGAGCACCAUUACCAGAAAUGGAGGUCAAUGGAAAGAGCCCUGUCAAGAAAUCCCCACUCAAACCACAAAGUACAGUACAGGGACUGAGAGGAGUGUGGUUGGUUUUACAUGUGGUGUUAAAAUACCACUACAAAUGCCCAGUACACAGCACUGCAAGAUAAAUGUAGCCUGAUCCUAAAUCUGUUUGUGCUGUUUUGCCAACUUCUAUGGUCAUUGUCAUGCAAAUAGGAGUUGGCAAGACAGCACAAAUAUACUGAACAAAAAUAUAAACGCAACAUGCAACAAUUUCAAAGGUUUUACUGAGUUACAGUUCAUAUAAAGUAAUCAGUCAAUUGAAAUCAAUUCACAACCCCCCGGUUGUGAGGCCGUUUGGAAGUACUGCCAAAUUCUCUAAAACGACGUUGGAGGCAGUUUAUGGUAGAGAAAUUAACAUUAAAUUCUCUGGCAACAGCUCUGGUGGACAUUCCUGCAGUCAGGGUGCCAAUUGCAUGCUCCCUCAACUUGAGACAUGUGGCAUUGUGUUGUGUGACACAACUGCCCAUUUUAAAGUGCCUUCUAUUAUCCCAGCACAUUGUGCACCUGUGUAAUGAUCAUGCUGUUUAAUCAGCUUCUUGAUAUGCCACACCUGUCAGGUGGAUGGAUUAUCUUGGCAAAGGAGAAACGCUCACUAACAGGGAUAUAAACAAAUUCGUGCAUAGAAUUGUAGAGAAAUAAGCUUUUUGUGCGUAUGGAAAAGUUCUGGGAUUUUUUGUAAAUUUAAGCUCAUGAAACAUGGGACUAAUACUUUACAUGUUGCAUUUAUGUUUUUGUUCUGAAACCAGGCUAGGAUAGAUCUCUUACUCGGCCUCUCCCUCCUCCCGCCCUGUCUCCAGUGUCUCCUAAACCUGCCCAUCUCCAGAGCCCUGGGAAGAGCCCUGUCAAGGGGCCAGGAGAAGCUCUACUCACAGGGAAGGGAUCAGGACCCCAAGGGAGGGGGCUAGCAGUCCACAGCCCAGGAAAGUGUCCUGUGACCAGGCCUAGCCACAGCCCGGUGAAGGGGGCACCACCAGGGACCCAGAGCCCAGGAAAGGGACUAGGGGUCCACAGCCCAGGAAAGCGCUCCAUACAGGGGGGACUAGGAUCUCAGUCCCCAGGGAAGGGCGUAAGAUCCAGGCUGAACCAGCUGAGAAGCCCUGGGGCCAGGAUGAAGAGACAUGGACUGAUUGCAGGAUCGCCCUGCCGCCUGCCUGACCUCAUCAUUCACCUUGAGGGAAACCAGUCUGUGCUCAGAUCAGCUAACAGCAGCCCAACACAUACCACGUCCUCUAUAAGCCUGGACCAGCCUACAGACCCAGACAGUGGGUCUGCCUCCAGCUCCCACACAGGACUGGAUGCUCACAGACACAGUCCAGACAGGGCAGUAGUAGUGACCCAUAGGGAGGGCAGAGCGAGGGAAAUCUCUCCCAUAAAUAUGAAUGGGUUGGACCUGAUGAGGGACGCUGUACUGGUCAAUGGCCAUGUAGGAGACGGAGGGAAGGUGGAUACAGGGCUCAACGUGGAGCUGUCCCCCUCUCACAGAACUGAGACUGGGAUGGAGAAGGCCAAGCUUCAGGAGAGCUCUACAGAUGAUAAGAAGAUGGAGAGUGGGAGUGAGGAGGUGAAGGUGCAGGACUCCACUGAACAGAAGCUGUAUAAGAUCGCCAAUGAGCUUCUACAGACAGAGAGGGCCUAUGUUGCUCGCCUUCACCUGCUAGACCAGGUCAGUGUGUCACUGUCUACCUCAUUGUUUCUGUUCAUUCACUGUAGUUAUCACCACAUGACUUGAUCAGUAUGUAUUGAUUAGCAGUGUUUUAACACUGAGUGUGUGUGUGCAGGUGUUCUGUGCACGGCUUACUGAGGCCGGUAGAGGCUUGUUCCCUGUAGAUGUGGUGAGGACAAUCUUCUCCAACAUCUCCUCCAUCCACACCUUCCACAGCCAGUUCCUACUGCCAGACCUGGAGACACACAUGGACCAAUGGUGAGACAACCCAAGUAGAUGAUGCAAUUGAAGUACUUAUCUACAAUGGAACUGAAGGACAUGAUUGGAUUGGAACCUUUUUUAUUCAAUGAAAAAUAUGGUUUUAUUUUAUGACAUUCAUCCAGCCUAACAAAGACCACAGUGGUUAUAAUAUUCCUACAUUAAAUCUCUUAGCAUCAUAUCUAAACAGUGAUUUAAAUAAUCUUUUUUUACCUUUGAUCACCGACCCUUGACCCUGCAGGUCUGUGAGUCCUCGUCUGGGUGAUGUCAUGCAGCAGCAUGCUCCCUUCCUCAGGAUGUAUGCUGAGUACGUGAUGAGCUUCGACCAUGCCAUGGAGCUGCUUAGAGUCUGGACGGAGAGGUCCACACCAUUCAGGAACGUCAUACAGGACAUUCAGGUAUGGUGGCUGGGCAGGGACACAGAGUAAAUCUCUGUUCACACUUUACGGAAUAUCUUAUUCAUUCUCUUAAUCUUAAUUUCACUAUUCACCCAAAGAAAACCAAUAGGUGCUAACUUUGCAGUGGUGAAAACAUUUAGUCAAUCUUAACCUGUUGUUGAUUUGCGUUAUCUUCCAGAGUCAGGCGGUGUGUGGUAGUCUGACCCUGCAACACCACAUGUUGGAGCCGGUCCAGAGAGUACCUCGUUAUGAGAUGCUGCUGAGAGACUACCUCAAGAGACUGCCUGAUGAUGACUCAGACCACAGCCAUGCAGAGAGUGAGUUGACACCUGCCUUACUGAUAUAGAAAUAAAAAUAUAUACAGGUUAAAAGUAAUGACUAAAUGUUCCACCCUUAAAUAUAGUUGUGAAAUGUUCUUGUUUUAAGUAUGAUUAGUACUUUCUUAGUAGUGACUAAUUAUUACGCUCCGAAACUGUGUGAGAUGUGUUAGAAUCUACUACAUGGUAAUGUGUGAGUGUAGGACCAGUAAAGAUUAUGACAUUGUGUUACUAUUUAGCAAUGUGAGUAAGAGUUAGGCCAGACAACAAAGGACAAGGAGAACUGUCUACAGACAACUGAGAAACCAAGAUAAAGAGGCCUCCAAAUUUAGGGAGGAGAGAGACUAUGAUAAGAACGUGUGUGUGUGUGUGUGUGUGUGUGUGUGUGUGACCUGAUGGUCAGGAGAGCAAUUUUCAAGUGGAAAACUACAACCCGCCUAAAGGGAUUUUUGUAUGAUGUGUGUGUAUAAAAGAUGGACUCUGAAAUUGUGAUAACAGAAUUCUCAAUGAAUAAUGGCCUGACUAUGCAGACUGGGAGCUCUGUCCGUUUCUUGAUCCAAAAGCCUUACAACCUUUUGGGAGACGCACAGAGACACUGAAAUAGUUUGUUAAAUGAUUCUCAUAACACUUACUUACUGUACCAUAGACAUAGUCCAACAUACAGUAGCUCCACAAACGCCAGCCUCACUCUUACUGUAGCUGAGAUCAGGUAGUCCUCAUCGCUAGCUAAGACUCACGCAGUGUCAUCACAGUAACCGUCACAGAAACCAUAAUAGAUGAGGUUUUGUGGUUUUGCUAUUCUUUAUAAAAAAUAAAAUAAGGUGUUGAUCUCUUUGUCUGCCUUCAGAGUCUCUGCAGGUCAUCUCCAUGGCAGCAACACACUCCAACAGCGCCAUCCGCAAAUCGGUACGUGCAGAACUAAUAUGCUAAUCCUCUACUUACUGCAGAUAACAGUUGUCAGUACAGUAUAUCUAGAGACCCAUUUCUCUUUUGUCAUAGAGAGUAAAAUAUUACUACGCUUAACUACUGUCAUCUGUACUUUGUUCAUUUUCUAUUGGUUGGGACAGACGUUUGUGAUAUGCUCUGUUGUCUAACAUCCUCUGUUCUGCUGUGUUGUCCUCUAGGAGAACCGGAAGAAGCUGCUGGAGAUCUACGAGAGGUUGGGGGAGGAGAAGGACGUGAUGAACCCCUCUAAUGAGUUCAUCAGGGAGGGACGCAUUCUGAUGCUGGCUGCCAGGAACUCCGCCAUGGAGAGACACCUCUUCCUGGUUAGACCAGCUUACAAUAUUUUAACCUUUAUUUUACCAGGAAGUCCCAUUGAGGUCAGAAGACCACCUCUUUCCCAAUGGAGACCUUAUGUCUUUUAGGAGGACGCAACAUUACAUAAUGUUGCUAUAGAAAUGUAUAGUGUGGAACAGACAUGAUUUUCUGCUAUGUAUAAUACGGAAUUAAAUCAUCUCUAUUCCGUCUAAAUCUUGCACUUCACUGAAUAGUAACCACUGAACAUCCAUCCAUCCAUUAAACCACACGGGUCAAACUCAUUUCAAGGAUGGCAGGAUUUUCACUCCACUCUUGUACUUGAUGAAUUAAGGUCACUAAUUAGUAAGGAACUCCCUCACCUGGUUGUCUAGGUCUUAAUUGAAAUGAAAUAAUAAACUCGCAGACACUCGGCCCUCUGUGGAAUGAGUUUGACACUCCUGCAUUAAUGGGUCAUUUAGGAGACUCUUGGUGCUCAUACUUAAAACCCUCAUGUCUUUCUUCCCUCUCGCUCCCUCUGCUGUCCAUACAGUUCAACAACAUGCUGCUGUGCUGCACUCCUCGGUUCAGCCUGGGGGGGCAGCGGUUCACCCUGCGGACACGGAUUGACGUGGAGGGCAUGACUGUGCAGCGCACCACCAACAAACACCACCCCCACACCUUCAAGGUGUCUGGCAAGGAGAGGACCCUGGAGAGGACCCUGGACCUACAGGCCAGGUGAGGGGAGGGGUGGAUGUCGCACUAAUAUAACUCACCUGAAGGUCUUGGAUGGAUGGAUAUAUUUUGUGUAAAUGUUAACAUGUGGCGUUCUCUUUGCAGCUCUGAACAAGACAAAGAGGACUGGAUAAAGGUAACAGUGCUUUGUAAUAUUUUGAAACAUGUUUGAAUUACCAAUGACAUAUAAUGAUUAUAUAGAGAGAGUACACAUGGUCUAACAGGCCUUGUACUUUCAGGCUUUUCAGGACUCCAUUUAUGUUUUCCAGCAGAAGAAUGAGACUUUUAAGUCAGCUUCUAAAGAAGUAGAGGUAUCUGUAAGGAUCCCUUAUUUUUGUGCAAAACGGAGACCAAUAGAAUGUUUUCUUUCGUGCGUGUGUGUUUCUCCAUCUGUACAGUAUGCUCACUGUAUUCAUAUAGAGGGAUAAAUCACAGGCAAAGUGGAGGGGAACUGAUAAUUUAGCUAAAGGGAAGGAGGAACAACUCAUUUGACAGGUUUGAGAUCCUCUUGCAUGUAUGGGUGGAAAAACCACAAAGCGAGGCUGAACUGAUUUUGAGUGUGUGUCUUCACGCCUCUGUGUGUGAACAGACGGAGGAACUGGGUCGGCGUGCCCCUCGAUGGAUCAGGGACAAUGAGGUGACCAUGUGUAUGAAGUGUAGCGAACCCUUCAACGCCCUCACCCGAUGGAGACACCACUGCAGAGCCUGUGGCUGUGUGAGUUAACACACACACACAUACAUAUAGAUACACACACACACACACACACACACACACACACACGGAUACAUAACACACACUUCACAUUCCCUUUACCUAAGGCUGGGGUAAGGUUAUGAUUAGUUGAAAUAGCAUUCACGUUCAGUGCUGUACUUCCAUUCUUUCUAACAUAACCAGCCUGUGUGUCCAUCUGUUUGUCAGGUGGUGUGUUGGAGGUGUUCAGAGAACAAAGUAACUCUGGAGUACGAUGGCAACAAGGUGAACAAGGUGUGUCUAGACUGCCACUCCGCCCUGACCCUCCGGGCCAACAGAGAGGGGAGGGGAGAGGGCAAGGACGGGGGGGAUUUC